ACCGCUCCCAUGGCUUUAGCUGCAUAGCCAUCAAUCAGUAGAAGCAUCGAGACUUCUCCUUCCCAGUUCACAAUUCUCUUCUCUAGUAUUAUCUCCACCUGUUCCUUAAACAGAACAGGAAGAAGCUGUGCCAGCGUACCACUAGCUAUGGGCGUCUUGGAGCUCGUCUCCGAGCUAUGCUCCCUCCCCUGCAGUCACGGGAAGCUCAAGAAGAAGAAGCCAUUGCAGACAGUGGAGCUGAAGGUGAGGAUGGACUGCGAAGGCUGCGAGAGGAGGAUUAGGCAUGCACUCGAAGGCAUGAAAGGGGUGAGGAGCGUGGAGGUGGAUCCGAAGCAGAAGAAGGUGACGGUGGAGGGAUACGUGGAGGCGAAGAAGGUGAUGAGGAGGAUCGAGCGGAAGACAGGGAAGAAGGCGGAGCCGUGGCCGUACGUGCCGUACGAGGUAGUGGAACACCCGUACGCGCCGGGGGCGUACGACAAGAAGGCGCCGCCGGGGUACGUGCGGAACGUGCUGAGCGACCCGGAGGCGGCGACGCUGGCACGCGCCAGCUCCACCGAGGUCAAGUACACCACCGCGUUCAGCGACGACAACCCCAACUCGUGCGCCGUCAUAUGAAUAUCUAAAACUACCUGCGUGUAUAAAAGAGAACUCCGGCGCGCGGUGUUUGGUAGUUUAUCUACUUUGUGUUCGUUCUUUCA